AUGACCGAUAUAGCUUCUAAAUUAUCAGGAAUUAAACAUAUUAUACUCGUUUUAUCCGGAAAAGGUGGUGUAGGAAAAAGUUCAGUGACAACACAAUUGGCUUUAUGUUUGGUUCAAAAUGGUGGUCAUAAAGUUGGUAUUCUUGACAUUGAUCUUACAGGACCCAGUAUGCCACAUAUGUUAGGUUUAGAUGACAAACAGGUUCAUCAAGCUUCUAAUGGAUGGGUUCCUGUUUAUGCAGACGAAAAUCAAAAAUUAUGUUGCAUGUCAAUUGGAUUCUUAUUACAAAAUAAGAAUGAUUCUAUUGUUUGGCGUGGCCCAAAAAAAAAUGCCAUGAUCAAACAAUUUUUGUCAGAUGUGACUUGGGGUAAUUUGGAUUAUCUUAUUAUUGAUACACCACCUGGUGAGAAUUAA